CGUUGUCAUCGAAAACAGUGGAGAGUUUGGAGAGAGCUCAAGCGAAAAAAAUUGUUUCGUUUCGUUCUCAUAUUGGGCAGUAAAUCCUCCAGAAAAGUUUGUAAUUUUUAAACAGAAAUAGAUAAAAUUUAAAACUUAUGAAACUGUAAAAUUAAUAUUCUAACUACGUGAAAUUGAAAUUUAAUAUAAAUUGUGCGAAUUUGUUGUGAAAUAGUGGUUUUCCGGCAAUAUACAAUUUCUCAAAAAAUCAAUGACAGCUAAAAACAGCGGAGCACCACCAUCAUCAGCAACAUCAGGAGGAGCAAAAGAAUAGCGAGAGGAAACUGAAAUCGUUGAAGUGUAAUGGGAGGAUGAAGAAGAAGCAACCAUAGGCAAGUUGUUAAGCAGCAAUCAGCAAAAUCUAACAGUGUACCAAUCUGCUGACCGCAACCAGUGCCGACUACAAAAACGUUCUUUCAUUUUGCGUUUGUGUGAUUUUGUUUUAUUUUGGAAGCGACUGCUCCAAUGAAUGAUGAGUUGUAGUUAAAGAUGAAGAGUAACACAAAGAAUAUCCGAAAAGAGAUAAAUACAAUAAUAAUGAAAAGUUUAAAAUAGAAAAAAAGGAACCAAAAUUUGGAAUGGUGCUGUUGACGUUGUUUUAUUAAUGCUGUUGAAGCCGACGUCGACAUCGACGACAAUUUUGACGGCAACGUUGGGUAGAACAUAAGGCAAUGGAYUACGCAUUGUAAACGGAAACAUUUUCGACAAGUAAUAAUUGCUCAAUGCAAAUAAACAAAUGAUUAGCUCAGAGAAACAAUAUAUUAUUAAGAACAAAGUUGGAAAGUGUCGUGAGAAAUGUCACAUUUAGUUAAUUUAUUAAACAUUAAAAUAAAUUGAGAAAAACAACACAUUUUCCCCAGCAUGUGUGAAAUGUAAUAAUCUGAUAUAUUGUGAUUUUUUUUUUUUUUGUUAUUGCAUGAGUCAACUUUGUUGGCUCGCUUUCGGGGUUAGGUGACAAAUAAAAAUAUUAAUUAAAAAGUGGUUGCAAGUGAGCUCAUAUGUUUUGAAAUAAAAUACCAACGAAAAAUCCGAAGUUAUGGCGGUAAAAAAGAAAAUAUUUGCUGAACGUAAAAACCGUGAAAAGGUCGACCGAAAAAUCGAUUAAUACACCUUUAAACGUUGGCAACAUAAAAACUUUUAUCUUAAAAAAGGAAACUAACAUAACCGUUAUUGCGUACCAUAAAUAUAAAGAAAUAUGGACGGACAAAGGGCGCGGGAUAUUUUAACACUGCUUCAGGAGCGUGUUGUUUGCCUCACUGGUGGUCGUGAUAGACGAGGUGGUCCCUUGUUAUGCUUUCCAGCAACACCGAAACGAGAUCGACUUAAACCGGAGGAUUUACGUCGUUUGCUUAGCUAUUUAAUUAUGAUACCAAGUGAUUCAGCGAAGAACCUCGGCUUCACGGUCAUCAUUGAUAUGCGGGGCAAUGGCAAUUGUUCCACCAACCUAAAGACAAUACUCAAAGUACUGCAGGAGCACUUCAGCGCUAACAUACAUAACGUGGUGCUAAUUAAACCGGAUAAUUUUUGGCAGAAGCAACGCGCUUCGAUAUCGACAAAUAAAUAUAAAUUUGAAACAUCGAAUAUAUCGAUCGAGGCCCUACACAAAAUAGCCGAGGCGCAUCAAUUGACUUCUGAUUUUGACGGCACGCAGCCGUACGAUCACCAACAGUGGACCGAAUCGCGUUUGGCAAUCGAAGAUUUUUUUUGGCAAGCGAGCGAUAUGGCUGAUCGCAUCGACGAUCUGCAGGAAGACUUGCAGCGCAAUGAUUUCGCCGAAGAUGUUAACGGCGCGAAGCAUUCACUCGAUCAUCACAACGAAAUGAAGAAGAAAAUACAAAAUCUGCCGAUAGAAGAUUUGGAAUUGCAAAGCAAGAAAUUGCUAGCUAAGAUCAAUAAGAAUACCGGUGCCGCUGGUGUGCCUGGCAGACAGCCCUGUGUUGGCUCCGGCGCCGAUUGURGUGGCAGCGAUUCCGGCACUUCAACGCAGACGCAAAACUCUUCAYCAGCUUUUCGCGCUGCCACCAAUAAUCCCGACAUGGGCGCGGCUAUCAAUAAAGCGCUGCGUCAAGUUGACCUUAUACGUAAUGGUCAACAACGUUUGCUCACCUUAUGGCAACACAAGAAGUCCAAGUUAGACCAGUGUUUUCAAUGGCGUCUAUUCGAGCAAGAUUGCGAGAAAAUGUUCGACUGGAUAUUGCACAAUCGUGAUGUCUUUCAGAUGUCUUAUGUCGAAAUUGGGCAUAACUAUUCUGUGGCGAAAUCACUGCAGGACGAGCAUCAGAAAUUCGCAGUCGCAUCCAUGAAUGUGUCAGUCAAUAUUGAUCGCAUACUUGCCGUUGCCUCACGCCUCAUUGAGAGUCAACAUUACGCUGCGCAACACAUUAAAACACUAGCCACGCGCCUCGAUCGCACUUGGAAAGACUUCGCUGCUGGUCUGGAUGAACGCACGGCGGUGCUGCAACUGAGCGUACUUUUCCACCACAAAGCGGAACAGUAUUGCAAUAGCGUGACCUCUUGGGCAGCAGCCUGUCAGGCCUCACAGCCGCUUCCAUCGGAUAUACAGAGCCUGGAAACCGCAAUACGUACGCAUCAGUCACUCUACGAAGCCAUGUGUCAGGCUUACACCGAGGUGCACUCGACCAGUAAGAAACUACUAUACCAAUUGGAUCAUCUGGUGCAGGUGUGCAAUCAACCUCCGCCACCUGGUGUACCCGAUCACCGCAAGAAUAGUAGCUUUAAUAAAUACGAGCGCCAGAACCCAGCAGCUGAYUACAGUGAGGGUGCUUCGCAUGUGCUCGCUGUUAUUCACCAAAUAUUGGGACAUCACCGCUCGCUGGAGGCGAAAUGGCAUCAAGAGAAGAUCAGAUUACAUCAAACAUUGGCGUUGCGCCUCUUCCAGGAGGAUGUAAAACAAGUGUUGGAUUGGCUGAAGAAUCAUGGUGAGGUAUUUUUGCGCAAGAAUACCGGCAUUGGACGCAACCUGCAGAAGGCACGCGUCUAUCAAAAGUCACAUGAGCACUUUGAGAAUGUGGCACAGAACACUUAUAGCAAUGCGGAGAAAUUGCUCUCGGCAGCAGACGAACUGGCAAGGAGUGGCGAGGCAGAUCCCAAUGAGAUAUACUCAGUUGCGCGUGAGCUAGAAUUGCAGGUUGCUAGUUUUGCCGAGCGCGUUGAGCAAAGGCGCCGCCGUUUGGAAAUGGCUGUUAUAUUUUACACACACGAGAAAGAAGUCACCGCUUGGAUUGACCAAUUGCGCACCGACGUGUCCACCGAUCAAACUAUGCUCUCUCAGGAGAAUCUCGAAGGUAUUGAGCGACAUUUGCAACAAUUCCGUGAGCAGCAGGAGAGCACCCUCAAGGGUUGCAUGCAGACUAUCGCACAAGGCGAGGCGUUGUUACAGGAAAUGCGCUCACUCGAAUACGAUGAGAAUAGCUUGUCCAUAUCGGGACUCGAAACGACUUUAGAGAAAUUAACCAAACAAAAAGUAGAAUUGGAGGAACUUUGGUCAGCGCGUCAAUAUCGCGCCGAUCUUAUACUCCGUUUACGCUAUUUCGAACGUGACGCAAUGGAGCUCUCAUCACAGUUAGAAAUUUGGUCGGAGGAGUUGCAGCAUGCCGACUUGUCACGUGACUACCAAAAAGCCGAACAAUUGAUACGAAUGCACAACGACUCCGUAACUGACAUUCAGAACACCACCUACGAGGUGCUACAACAGGGACAGGACCUACUGCAAAUGUUCGAAACGGCUGGCAUCAUUUCGAUGGCGGAUGCCACGCACACAGCGCAGGCGCGCAUACAGUACCUCUUGGACUUUUUGGGCGAGCGUGAAAUUGACCUUGAGGAACUGUCUGAAGCGAAGCGCGCGAAAUUGGAGCAAGCCGUGCAACUGUGCCAGUUUCAAAAUGAUGCCAAUCAAGUAAUAUCAUGGAUACGCAACGGGGAAGCCAUGCUGGUGGCCAGUUUUGUAACCCCCAAUAGCUUGCAGGAGGCCGAACAGCUACGCAAGGAACACGAACAAUUCCAGGUUGCCAUUGAGAAAACACACACCUCCGCCGUACAGGUGAAAUAUCGCGCCGACGCACUCAUCAAUGCCAACCAUUAUGAUCCGCAAUCGAUACGUGAAAUCUCAGAUGAUGUCACAAAGAAGUGGCAACAACUGGUUACCUACGCCGAAGAACGGCACAAACUGGUGACUGCAUCAAUGAAUUUCUACAAAACCGCGGAGCAAGUGUGUUCCGUACUCGACAGCCUGGAGCGUGAGUAUCGCCGCGAGGACGAUUGGUGUGGCGGCGGUGGCUCUAGUGAUAAAGCUCAAACUAUUGUGCAGCUAAUUUCCAAGCAUCAGGAACAGAAGGAGGCAUUCCUCAAAGCGUGUACACUGGCACGUCGCACCGCCGAAACAUUCCUUAAAUAUGCAAACCGUUCGCAACAGUACUAUAAGUACCAGUCGCAUGGCAACUGCGAAACGCACGUACGCACCAUCCUCGAUAAGCUGUUGACGCAGGAGAAUCAGGUGCUCGAAUUUUGGACACAACGCAAGAAAUCGUUGGAUCAGUGCCAACAAUUUGUGCUGUUCGAACGUAGCGCGAAGCAAGCCAUCGAAUGGAUACACAACACCGGCGAGGCCUACCUCUCCUCACGCACCAAUCUGGUGGGUAAGACACGCGAAGAGACCGAAGGUCUACUCAAAGAGCACAACGAAUUUCGCGGCACGGCGAAGGAAACUCGUGAGCGCGUUAAACUGCUCAUACAACUGGCCGAUAGCUUGGUGGAGAAAGGACAUGCACACGCCAGCGCUAUCAAGCAGUGGGUUGCGUCUGUCGAUCAAAGAUAUAAGGACUUCAGUAAUCGCAUGGACACUUAUAGAGAGCAGUUGGAGAAGUCUUUGGGCAUGUCAAUGGUGGUGCCGCUGGAGUCGGACGCAAAUUCUUCGAUUAGUUCUGCUUCUGGCUCCACCACCGAUCGCCACUCAGAUCCUUCGCUGGAGGCCAAACUUACUACAUCCUCCACGGCCGCAUCGAAGGAGAUUAACGAAGAGAAACGUAAAUCCGCACGCAGAAAAGAGUUUAUUAUGGCUGAGUUAAUGCAGACUGAACGUACCUAUGUAAAAGACUUGGAGACUUGCAUCAAAUGCUUCCUYGAGGAAUUUCGCACUGGGCAGGGUGUGCCAGCUGCAUUGGCCGGCAAGGAGGACACUCUCUUCGGCAAUAUACGUGAAAUUUAUAACUUUCAUCAGAAAAUAUUUUUACGCGAAUUGGAGAAAUACGAGACCAUGCCCGAAGAUGUUGGGCAUUGUUUCGUCACUUGGGCCACAAAGUUCGAUAUGUAUGUAUAUUAUUGCAAAAAUAAACCGAUCUCGAACAACUUGAUGGUACAACAUUCGGGCACAUAUUUCGAUGAGUUGCAACAUCGACACAAGGUCGAACACCCCCUACCAGCUUUUCUCAUCAAGCCCGUACAACGCAUUACAAAAUACCAAUUAUUACUCAAGGAUCUACUCUCCUGCUGUGAGGAGAGUCAUGGUGAAAUCAAAGAAGGUUUAGAGGUUAUGUUGAAUGUGCCGAAGAAGGCGAACGACGCAAUGCAUUUGUCAUUGUUGGAGAACUGUGAUGUGCCCAUAGAUAAUUUGGGUGAGGUGGUGUUGCAGGAUGCAUUCCAAGCUUGGGAUACAAAGCAAUUGAUACGUAAAGGUCGUGAACGGCGUGUAUUCUUAUUCGAAUUGUAUUUACUCUUUGCCAAAGAGGUGAAGGACUCAAACGGUUCCGUUAAAUAUCAAUUCAAAAGUAAACUCAUGACAACCGAUAUGGGCAUCACCGAACACAUCGAGGGUGAUGAAACCAAGUUUGCUGUGUGGACAGGGCGUUCGCCAAUGCUCUCCGAUUGUCGUAUUGUGCUGAAGGCAAAUAGCUUGGAUACCAAACAAGUGUGGGUGAAGAAAAUGCGCGAAGUCAUGCAAGAAACCUGCUUUUCGGGCACCUCGCUAACACUACCGAAAUCGCCGGCUAAGAAUUCCGGCUCAUCGCAACGUUCAUCGCGUGAUUUAGAUGAACCACUGACGGAGAAUGAUCACGAUCGCUGCUCAUUAGCCAGCUUUGGUUCCGGCAAUACCACAGAUAGUGACAAUAAGAUUGGCAGCCACGAGGGUACUUGGGUGGUCGCCGAUUACAUAGCAACGCCCGGCUCCAACGAGUUGAGUGUGUCCAAAGGGCAACAGGUUGAGGUGGUGGAAGCACCCUCAGCCGCCGAGCCAGAUUUUUGUUUAGUGCGCCUAAAUCCACAAAGUGACGAUGCAGCCGUACAGGAAGGACUGGUGCCCGUUUCAAUACUUAAACCAUCGCCAAGCGCACAGAAGAACAGUUCAGCGCGGAAGGAAACAAACGAUGUCAUGCAGGAACAAAGUAAUAAUCGUGGCAAACCGGACCCCUUGACUUCAUCGACCAAACGACGCGGGUUUAGCGGGCCAAAAUGGUUUCCUCUACGCAAACACUCACAGAACAAGAACGAGAAGUCACCAGUGGAAAAAACACUCACAAAGAAAUCCUCAGAGAAGAGCUUAAGGUUGACACAAAAACAAAGCGAACAGGAUGAAAAGAACCUUUCAAGUUCAGCCACAGCAAGCAGUCGAAGUCAUUAUGGCACAUCAGCGGCGACAUCACAGGCCAAUGCCGCACAAGUAGCCGAGUACGAGGCWGAGGAAGAAGCUGGCCUCGAGCUGCCGCCGCCGAUGAAACCGCUGCAGGAGCCGCACUUAAUGGCCAACGGCCCGCCUGUGUUUGCCAAGGAUCUCAAAGAGAACUCCAAAAACUUGGCAAGUGCUGGAAAAAUGGAGGGCAAUCCCGCCGUAGAUUUGUCCGAAAUUGAGCAAAUUGUCAAAGAGAAAACGGAACAACACGAGGAGAAAUCGAAAAUAUUAAAACCAAACGUAAACAACUUCGGCAAUAGCAUCAAUGCUGAUGUGUGCGCCAGCAACGGUUGCAACACAGUUGGUGAGAAAACAGAUACUACAGACAGUUACGAUAACAGUAACACGUACAACCAUGAGGAGUGCAACACUGAGAACAGUGAUAUUGAGAGUGCGCUACGAUUGCGUCAAUAUGCAAUCGAUGAGCUAAUAACUACCGAAAAGUCAUAUAUUGAAGACUUGAAGAGUAUAGUUGAUGAUUACCUAGCCGAGGUGCUGGAUCCCAAAAGUGAUAUACCCAAACCCGACGAUUUGAAGGGAGGCAAAGAGCGUAUGGUUUUUGGCAAUAUUGAAGCUAUAUAUGAGUGGCAUAAGAAAUCCUUUUUGGAAGCGUUAGUGCGCUGCCGCAAUUCCCCCGCUGAUCUGGGCCCCCUAAUCAAACGUUAUCUACACAAAUUUGAUAUGUAUAAUAAAUAUUUUCAAAACAAGCCGGUAUCGGAUCACAUUGUGACCACGCACCUGCUAUAUUUUGACAAAAUCAGACAGAAUUUAGGUAGCCGCUUGGAUCUCAACGAUUUGCUCAUAAAACCAGUGCAGCGAUUGCCGAAAUAUGUGUUAUUAUUUAAAGAGAUUGCCAAAUAUGCCCGAGCUGCUGGGCGCGAUGCCGAAGUGGUUGGCGUCGAAGAAGCUAUGCGGGUUAUGGGUAUGAUUUGUAAGGCUGCUAAUGAAGCGAUGGAAUUACGUCGUUUACAAAAAUUCGAGGGUAAAAUCACUGCGCAAGGAAAACUUCUAUUGCAUGACAAACUCUACUGCAUUGAUGACGAAAAGGCUGAUCGCAAUGCUUAUAUGUUGCAGAAACCGCGUGAACUUUAUGUUUUCCUUUUUGAGCAGAGCAUAAUUUUCGCAGAUAUCGAUGGCAAAAAACUACAAUAUAGUAGUCCAACAUACACCUAUCGCACGCAUAUACAGGUCAACAAAAUGCAGCUAGAAGAAUUAGAAAACAAUCGUUUUCAGCUCAAAUCUACCGAUCCAAAUAAACCGGGCUUGAAAAUAAUUUGCUACGCGUCCAGCGUGGAGUUGACCAACGAGUGGCUGCGCAUCAUACGCAAUAUAUUACAGUCACAACAUGAUUUCCUGCGGGCUAUAACCAGUCCAAUCGAAUAUCAACAACAGCAGCAGCAACAGAAUUAAAAUUCGACAAAGAAACAAAACUAACUAAAAAAACAACAAAAACAAAAAUCACAACAAAACAGCAAUCAUGUACAAUUAUUUGCAAAAAUCAAUUCAUGGAAAUUUCAAUAUAAACUAUUUACAGUGCUCUAUUUGAAAUCUGCAUGGAAUUAUGUGCAGAAAUAUGACAAAAGCGAAAUUUUAAAUCAGUAAAAGAGUAAAAGUGCGUACUGAGAGGAAAUGCAAAGUUAAAAUUGGCACAAAAGUGGUUACAAAGAAAAGCGCCAAGCGGAUUUAUUGAAGUACUAAGACACAUACACACGCUUUUAUAUUCUAACAAUUAUUAUUA